GGCCCGGGCUAGGACACAGAGAAGAGCGCUUCCGGAGACCUCGCGAGAUUUCCCGUGAGCCGCGGCCGACCAGGCGCGUCUGUCCGGUCGCCCAGCAACCGCACCACGGCUGCCGAUGAGGCCUGGCACCCGCGAAAUUUACCAAACCUGAGUUACUGACCUGGCUCAUCCCGCGAACGAAAGUUGGGCAUAAAACAAUACCUAAACCUGCUUCUUAACAUGGUACCAGAAGAGAGCUAUUGCCAAGAAUUUGAUUUAUAGAGAAAUCAUGGUUCGACUGACCUUGGAUCUAAUUGCCAAAAAGAGCAAUCUUAAACCCCGAAAAGAAGAAACCACUUUACAAUACCUGAAGAAAAUAACUCAUAUAAAUUUUUCAGCCAAAAAUAUAGAUGCAAUUGAAGACCUCUCUCUUUGCAAAAAUCUUAGUGUUUUAUAUUUGUAUGAUAACUGUAUUAGUCAAAUCACUAACCUGAAUUAUGCCACAAAUCUGACCCACUUGUACCUACAAAACAAUUGUAUUUCAUGUAUAGAGAACCUCGGGUCAUUAAAGAAACUGGAAAAACUAUAUCUGGGAGGCAACUACAUUGCUGUCAUAGAAGGCUUGGAAGGCUUAGAAGGACUAAGAGAGCUUCAUGUUGAGAGUCAGAGGCUUCCCCUUGGAGAAAAGCUCCUGUUUGAUCCAAGAACUCUUCAUUCUCUGGCAAAAUCCCUCUCUAUAUUGAAUAUCAGCAAUAAUAAUAUUGAUGACAUAAGAGACUUAGAAAUACUGGAGAAUCUUAAUCAGCUCAUAGCAGUUGACAACCAACUUCUGCAUGUGAAGGAUUUGGAGUGUUUACUGAACAAGUUGAUGAAGCUGUGGAAAAUGGAUCUAAACAGAAAUCCUGUUUGUCUCAAACCGAAAUAUAGAGAUAGACUGAUAUUGGUGUCCAAAUCACUAGAAUUCCUUGAUGGAAAAGAAAUUAAAAAUAUGGAAAGACAAUUCCUAAUGAAUUGGAAAGCAUCCAAAGAUGCCAAGAAAAUCAGCAAAAAAAGGAACAGUAAGAACGAGGAUAUAAGUAACUCAUACAUAAGAAUCUCUCUUUGAAGGAAUCUGAAAGCUUGCUGACAAAAAAUGAUGUACGUGAACCUCACCUUCUUCAUAACUCAAAAGUAGGAGAAAAUGUGUUUGUAAAAAACCAGUAAAUUCAGCCU